GGAAGAAAAAGAGCGGCUGGAGUGGGUGGUGGUAAAACGAGGGAACGGACUCGUGGCUCGGUAACCUUGGAGACCGGGAAUGUAUACCUUAUAAACACAACCGCAUCGAUGUGUCAAAAGUUUACGUUUUUUCUUCUAUUCUUUCAUUCUUUCUUUUGGUUCUCGUAUACCGCGCGGGAGUGUUGCGACUUGGGUCGGUUGAUUACGGAUUAUUUGAUAAAAAAACGGCGUGUUAUAGGGAUGGAAUGUGCGGCUGGUUUCGUAUCGAGUCGGCGAGGCCUCCAACGAUACAUUUAGAGAAAUGUGAAUGUGCUCGACAAGAGGAAGAAGACUUAGCCGUCAAAGGGAGAGAGCGAGCGUGACACGAACCUGGAAUAAUCGCUCGCUUGGAAAUAAAUUUUUGUCGGCACGUUGGAGAAACAAAAAACACACAACAACGGAGACGCGUUCAACCAACCAAGGAUAAAACGUCAUUCGCUAACCUUGAGUCGUCGGACUCUCGCGGACGACAUUCACCGGGUGCGUUGAGGAUCUGCAAGAGAGAAACAGACCGAAAGUGUCAACAUGUCCGGAAAAAGUGGCAAAGAAAAAGAAAAAGUUACGGAGAUCGACAAUCAUGUUACAGAGAAAUACAAUAUCGUCCGACGACUCGGCAAAGGGGCUUAUGGCAUAGUAUGGAAGGCCGUUGACAGAAGAUCGAAGGAAACGGUAGCAGUGAAAAAGAUCUUCGAUGCGUUCAGAAAUCAGACGGAUGCUCAACGUACAUUUCGCGAAAUAAUGUUCCUACUGUCGUUUGCGAAUCACGAAAAUAUCAUACAGCUUAUCGGUCUACACAAAGCCAAUAAUAAUCAGGACAUUUAUCUCGUUUUCGAAUACAUGGAUACGGAUUUGCAUAACGUUAUCAAAAGGGGCAAUAUCCUUAAGGAUAUUCACAAAGUAUUCAUCAUGUAUCAAUUGUUCAAGGCAACGAAGUACAUACAUUCGGGUAACGUGAUACACAGAGACCUCAAGCCGUCGAACAUACUGCUGAAUACACAGUGUCACUGCAAAAUUGCUGAUUUUGGAUUGGCACGAUCGGUCACGCAAAUAGGCGAGGGAGACGCCGAUUCCGGCAGCGAUCCGACUCUGACCGAUUAUGUCGCGACUCGCUGGUAUCGAGCGCCUGAAAUAUUGAUAGCUUCGAAGAGGUACACCAAAGGAAUCGAUAUGUGGUCGCUCGGCUGUAUUCUCGGUGAAAUGCUCCUGGAAAAACCACUUUUUCCUGGAUCCUCCACCAUCAAUCAGGUCGAAAGAAUUAUGGCCACUUUGCCACCUCCAACACCCGAAGAUGUGGCGUCGAUUGGAGCUGGAUACGGUCUCAAUUUAUUGGAGAAAAGGCCGUCUGUGCCCCGAAGAACUCUCAGAGAACUUUUACCUCCGAACAUACCACACAGUGCUUUAAAUUUGAUAAAUACUCUCAUAGUCUUCAACCCUAAUAACAGGCUUACAGCUGUCCAAGCUCUGGAGCAUCCCUACGUUGCUGAUUUCCACAGUAGAGCAAACGAGCCAGAAAGAGGUGCGAGCGUCGUGCCACCCUUGAGGGACGAUGUGCAAUUAUCGAUUGAGGAAUACAGAAACAAAUUGUACGCGAUGAUGGACGAGAAGCAUCGUAAACACAAAAAUAUGUCAAAAUCGAGGAUACGAAGAUUGUCGGAGCACAUAAGAAAAGAGACGUGUCAGAGUGUUGGUCAGGGUGACAUUGGUGUAAAGAAAAAUUUUUAUCCAUCUUCCGACGAUGUACGACGAGACCCAUCGAAGGAGGACCAAGCGACGACGAAGCAUCAAGGCUCCUUAAAUCCACCCGCUCAUCAUCAUUAUAAUCAGAGUUUGAUGAAUGGAUCGUUUCGUAAUAUUCCACCAGGACAAGCGAAAAGUUGUCUCUAUCUGAGCCAACAGCAACAACAACAAUUGUCCAAGUCUCAACGUUCCAUACAAUCGGACCAAGUGAACGCGUACGGGCCACUCGGUAGAUCUCAAAUACCCUUGUGUCAGCCGAAAUUGAGAAGAGGCGUGAAGUCGCAGCCUCUGAACAGAUAUUCAUCGACAAAACCAGCGUUGUUAGCUCCUGUCGAUGGGAGCACAACGAACAAUAACAAUUCAUUGUCGAAGUUGACUUUGCCAAAACGUUCGAGUCCCGAGAGUCCGGGUAUACAAGCCAAGUACAUAACGAGAAUGCCAAAUAACAACGUGACGAAACAUUUCGUUACGACGAUAGGGACGGAGGAUCAACAAAAACAACGCCAAUCGUGCAGCAACAUAAAUCGUCAAAAUUCGCAAAAUCGUAUGAUAAGUUCACAGAGUCGUGUGAUACAAAAUUAUUUGAAUCAGACAUUGCCAAUGUCGGGUCUGCAAACUCGUGAAAAACGUAUACCAACUAAAUCGCGUUUGAGCGAUCGUAUGAACAUCGUCGAAACAAUGGGAAAAUUUGAUUACGCUCAUGGGAAUAAGCAGCCCAACAAUGUUUUGGAUAACCAUCGACCUAAAACUUCUGUCAUACGAAAUCAAACUUUGAAGCCUCAUCUACGCCACAGCAGCAUUCAAAAACCAGUGGUUGCUGUCAGAGGAGCUCGAUCGUUGAAUAACUACACUCAAAAUCAUGCCGUUAUAACAGCAUCGGCUUACAAAGAGCUGCGAAACAGUACCAUGAAAUGGUAAAACCUAAUGAGAAAUUAUCUUUCCUCGAAACUUCAUUUCCUGAAAAGCGUUGCUGUGAGAUUUUCUAGUCACGUUUGUUAUAAUGCGAUUAAGACAAAAUUAUUUUUCAUGUUAUAUAUCGAUCAAUAAUUUCACGUUAUUGAUAUCAUCCCCCACCUGGUUCGGUUUUAUUUAAUCGUGAUAUCAAAAACUCAAACACUAACACCCGAAUAGUGGAACGUCGAUUUUCUUUUUUUUAUAAAACUCAAUUUUUCGAUGGAUUAUUCUACACUAACUUUUAUUAUAUUUAUAUAUACAUACCAAUGCCUUUAUCCAUUUGUUGGAUAUCAUUCGCGUCGUCGAGGCUAAGUUUGUACCGUCAUCCAAUUAUUCUGACACUGUAAAAUAUAUUAAUCUUCGUAUCCUCCGAUUCAUAUAUUGUACCGGUGAAAAAAGAAAAUGGUUUUAAUAAAUGCUAUGAAAAAUUCUA